AUGGGGAACGAGGCCAGUAUGGAGGGGGAGGGACAGGCGGGACAGGCGGGACAGCCCGGCCCCGCCGUCCCUGCAGCGGGGGCUCCGGCUUCCAUUUCAGCACCACCGGACUCUGGACAGCUCAUCAAGCCCAGCAAUGGAGCGCCAGCCGGAGGAAGUGGGGCUGGAUCCGGGCCGGGGAUUAACAGACCACCUCCGUCAGACCCGGGACCUAAGGCAGGAGUCCAGAGCGGUCACGGGACGGGGGACAGGUUGGCCUCCCACGACACCCGACAGCAUGCUGCGCCUCAAGGAGAGCAGGGCCAGGGUCAUGUGGCCAGGAAGAGUCUGCAUGUGGAUGUGGGAAGCAGCAGGACUGGGAGGUCCCCCUCCGUGUCCCCGGACCGAGGCAGUGUCCCCACCUCCCCUUACUCUGUGCCACAAAUCGCACCCAUGCCCAGCAGCAAACUGUGCCCCGUCUGCAAAACCACCGACCUGAUGGGCACGGGGGACGACAAGCCUAACUUCAACACCUGCACACAGUGCUGCUCCAUGGUGUGCACCCAGUGUGGCUUCAACCCAAACCCUCACCUCACAGAGGUUCAGGAGUGGCUAUGUCUGAACUGUCAGAUGCAGAGAGCGUUGGGGAUGGACAUGACCACACCACGCUCCAAGAGUCAGCAACAGAUACACUCUCCUUCUCAUGCAGCCAAACCAGAACUUAAACCUGAUGCCUCGUCUCAGCCUGCACCCCAGACACAGCCCCCUCCUCAGCCCCACCCUCCAGCCCAUCAUCCAGCCCCUGGCUUUACCAAACAGGCUGGUCCAGCUGGCCCAGGUCAGCAUCAAGUAAAGCUCCCUCCAGGGGCAGUCCCUCUCCCCGGCAUGGCCAAAGCCCCAUCCCAGCCUGAUCUGUCCCGCAACUCUCCCGCCCACCAACCCCAGAACACCCGCCACGACCAGACUCGCAGUGCGGGGAGCUCUCCUUCACGGCAGCCCCCACCUCCAGAGCAGACAUUUGGGAAGCUGUUUGGCUUUGGUGCUUCUCUUCUUAACCAGGCCAGCACUCUCAUAUCUGAGACUACUCAACCACAACAACAGCCCCCCAAAACGGCCCCCAAACCAGGAGGACCUCCUGGUCCAGGAUCUGGGGCGGGUAAACCCUCAGGACCUCAGCCUGCACAACAAGGGCCUCGAGCCCCUGCUCAGCAGCAACAACAACAGCAAGCCCACCCGGACUCCACUAAACCCAAAGCUUGUUGUCCUCUCUGCAAGACUAACCUCAACAUCGGCAACACAGCAGAACAACCCAACUACAACACCUGCACACAGUGCCACCACCAAGUGUGCAACAUGUGUGGAUUCAAUCCCACUCCACACCUGGUCGAGAAGAAAGAAUGGCUGUGCUUGAACUGCCAGACGCAGAGGGCUCUGUCAGGAAGCUUGGGAGAUGUUGCAGCUCCUGUUGCACAGCCCUUGGGAUCCCCUCGGCCACCUGCUACAGCCAAUCAACAACCACCUCAGCAGAAAGGGCCAAAUCAGCUUUUAGGGCCUAGGCCAACAGGUCCUCAACAACAACAGAAACCAUCGGGUCCCCAAGUAAGUGGCCCUGUCUCUCCUGUGAAAAAUUCUGGGCCUACCCCUCAUACCAGGGGGCCCAGCCAAGCUUCCCCUCAAACCAAGGGCUCUGCCCAACCUGUUCCUCAAUCUAAGGGUUCAACUCAACCACCGUCCCAAACAAAGGGUCUAUCGCAACCCUCAGUUCAGAGUAAGGGACCUCAAAGUAAAGGUCCUAAUCAAUCACAUGCUCAGAGUAAGGGCCCUGUUCAGUCUUCUAACCAGAUGAAGGGCCAGAGCCAGGCCAAAGGGCCCACUCAGACAAAGGGAUCUGCUCAGCCCUCUGCUCAGACUAAGGGCCCUUCUCAUCCCUCUGGUGCCAAGGCCACCCCUGGUAAAGCCACACCCAAUCAUGCCAAGGCCUCUCCCACCCCAACAAAAACAGCACCUACUCAGUCUAAACCCACAGGUAACAACCAAGCUCGCAAACAGCCGCAGGAGAAGACUAGAGUCGCAUCUAAAUCUCUAAAAGAAGAUGUCAAGGCCUCACCAAAGAAGUCACUGUCAGAGACUAUCACUUCACCAGAAGACAUGAAGAUUGCUGAAGAUACACAGAAGUCAAGACACCAUGAAGAUUACAACAAAUCAAGUACACAGAGUCUAAGUGACACUGGAUACUCCUCAGAUGGGAUCUCGAGCUCUCAUGGGGAGAUUACAGGACAUAUCCGUGAAGAAGGAAUCAAGCUCAGUGAAAAAGGUGCUUCCAUCCCCUCAGAAAUCACCAAGCUAGAGAGCUCCAUGAAGCCUCUACUAGAGUCAAAGUCAUCAGACCCGAAACACAGGCCACAUUCACUGUCUGUAGGACAGGGCCGGGACUACAAUCCUGAUGACGAUGCAGCAAGGGAUGAAUCAGAGGAUGAACUAAGUUGUAAGCUUCGCCAUGAUUAUGUGGAGGACAGCAGUGAAAGUGGUCUGUCACCAUUGCCAGUGAGACAGAAGAAGUCACAUAAAGAAUUAACAGACGAGGAAUUCAUGAGGAGGCAAAUUAUGGAGAUGAGUGCGGAUGAAGAGGAAAUGGAAGAACAUGGAAACCAGAAAACUAAAAGGGUACAUAAAACUGGUGGGGACUUGAGCAAGGAGAGGCGACGACUCUCUCACCAGUCUAAUAGUUUUGAAGAGGACACCAAGGCCACAGAGGCAAAUGAAGAGGAAGAUGUUGUAAUGGCCGGUGGCCUUCGGCGUUUUAAGACCAUUGAGCUGAAUAACACAAACAGCUACAAUCGAGACAUGGAGCUCAGCACCGAACAUGACUUACGAGAACCAGAGCUAGAGAUGGAAAGUUUGACUGGUUCUCCUGAAGAGCGGUCCAAGGGAGAAUAUUCAUCCACUCUGCCUGCCACCACACCCAGCUACACCUCUGGAACAUCCCCCACAUCUGUGUCUUCCAUGGAAGAUGACAGUGACAGCAGCCCUAGUCGUAGGGCAAGAUUAGAGGAGGCAAAGCAACAGAGGAAGGCUCGACAUCGGUCACAUGGGCCACUGCUGCCCACUAUCGAAGACUCAUCUGAGGAGGAUGAGCUGAGAGAGGAGGAAGAACUACUUCGAGAACAGGAGCAGAUGAGAGAUCUAGAGCAACAGAGGAUACGAAGUACUGCUCGAAAAACAAAGAGGGAUAAAGAGGAGCUACGGGCACAGAGACGCAGGGAAAGAUCCAAAACUCCCCCUAGUAAUCUCUCCCCUAUUGAGGAUGCAUCGCCAACAGAGGAGCUGAGGCAGGCUGCAGAGAUGGAGGAGCUUCACAGAUCAUCAUGUUCUGAAUACUCACCAUCUAUGGACUCGGAGGCAGAGGGCUUUGAGAUGAUUGGUGGAAAGCUUUACAAAACAGGAAAUGAAUAUAACCUUCCAACCUUCACAUCACUCUACUCCCCUACAGAAAAGACAUCAGCAAUGUCACCAUCUGAUAAAACACUAAAAAGUGCAGAGGAGGUCUAUGAGGAGAUGAUGAAGAAAGCUCAGCUCAUGCAGAGGCAGAAAGGUGCCUCUCAGCCGGACAGUAAACAUCAUCUUGAAGCAGGAACUGUCUUAACCCCUGGUUCAAGCCCAACGCAGGUUACUGCACCUAUGACCUUCUCCACAACAGGGACUGAUCCAAGAAUGCAAGGAAUUCAUGCAGCACAGCAUUUAUCAAAAGAAACGCAAAAUAGGAUGAUGACGCAGAGUGCCAAAAUUGAGGGUGUUGUCGGAGUUGCCACAACCAAAGCCCAAGUCAGUCAGACUGCCACAACUCGACAGGCAGGUAGCACAGCACCUGCUGGCAACAGAGCAGGCUCACAGAGGCCAACACAGGCAUCACCUGACCCUGGAGCGUCCUCCCUAACCUCCAAAGUGUUCUCCCUUUUCAAAGGUCCGAGCCCCCCUGUCUCCCCAAAUGCUUCUCCAGCACAAAGCCCAACGCAUACGCCAUCUGUAAGAUCCACUGGCAGUAGUGGCAGGCAGCUCCCAUCUUUGCCUGGUGGGCCUACAUCAGCUACAACAUCCCAUGGAGCUCAGGCACCUCAAAGGGCAAUUUCACCACGUCUUGCACGACAACAGUCCUCUCGAGAUUCGCCAGUGAUGGUGAUAACUCUAGGCUCAGAAACAACCAGUCCUGCCAAGCCACUCACUGUAAAUUCUUCCACUUCCCCUUUGUCAUCACCAACACAGGUCAGUUGUAAAACCUUAUAUAGCUCCCAGACCCCUUCGACAAGUUCCCCAACAUCACCACAAAUGCAUCCAUCUCAACAGUCUCCUAAACAUUCUUCACAGAUGGCUCAAAAUGUUGGUAUUGGCACUGGGACCACAACUGCACAUAAUCGUGGAUCUAUGGAAAACAUAUCUCUGUGUAAAAUCUCAAAUAUUCCAGGCUCUUCAAUGGUUGUGGGUCAGGUUCAAACACAUCAAAGCUCUAACGUGGUGGAUCUGAGAGCCCCAGUGAGGCCUGCUCCAAUCAUAAUGACAGAUCAGGGAAUGGACCUAACAUCUCUUGCCUCUGAUGCAAGGAGAUACUCUUUAGGAGCAGAGCAGCCAUCUGGUCGACACACAGCAGUGCAAUCUCAAAUUAUGAACCUGAAUGCACAAGAGCAACCGCACAUAUCUGUAUCAACACCGACUACAGUAAGCGUCACAGUUGCAGGUUCUAUGUUCAUGUCCCAACCCAAGCAACCUGUUGUGUAUGGAGAUCCUUUGCAAAACCGUGUGGAUUUGGGGCAGGGUGUUGGAUCAGCUGUGUGUUUAACCCAGAGCAAGCCUCCAAUUACUGACCCAUCUAUUCCCAAAAUUGAUGCCUGUCUGGAGAACCUGGGUAUACAACAGCAACAACUGCAAUUACAGCAGCAGAAGCUCCUGCAGCAGCAACAGCUUCUUGAGCAGCAGCUCCAGCAGCACCAUCAGCAAUCCUCUUUUGCACGUUACAAUUUAGCUAAUCAGGUCCAGCCAAUCAUAAUGAAAAAAGACCUUGUAGUUAGCCAGACAAGCAGUGCCCAGCCUGCAGUGACUGCUAGUGCCAUUCCUAGAGUAUCCCCCCUGGCUCCACCUUCAGUGUCUGGGGCUCCUGCUUCUAAUUCUCCCCAUGAGGUCUAUGGUGGAGUUGCCUUAGAGCUAAAAAACAAGCCCACAGUAAUGAACUUGUCCACUGGUAAGCCCCAUGUUAUGAUGGUGCAACUUGAUGAAAAUAAACCAUCACAGGGGGGCACAGUGACUCAACUGGUUAAGCGAGAGGAACCUCCUCCCCCACCUCAAGUCUUGGAUCUCACCGGACAGAUCAAACCAGAAAACCAGGUGGCUUGUUGUGAUGUUGUUUACAAAUUGCCCUUUGCUGGUUCCUGUUCAGGGUCACUCACUCAGAAGCCUACAACAGUAUCCUCAGAUAAAACCCCCACCACUGAAACUUCUCAAUCAGCCAACCCUCCCCAUCCACAACACUACAAUGUCAUCCAACAACAACAACAACAACAACAACAUCAGCCUCAAGCUACCCAAGGAGUAACAGAGGAACAUAUACCAUAUCAACCACAUCAACCACCUGUAGUCCCCUCAGGAAGAAUUCAGCCCUCCAUGUCUGAUAAUAAUCUGCCCUCCAUGACUGAUGCUGGUCACUAUCAAAGUAACGUUCAGGGGGGUCUGGCAGUAGAUCUUAGCAGCAUGAAUCAGGCUUAUGAUAAUGGAUACCUUGGCAUUGGAGCACAGUAUGGAUCUUACACAGACUUGCGUCAACAAGGAGAUUUAACUGCUCCUUCAUUACCCCUUCGUCGAUAUGGUUCCAUGUCAAAUAUUAAUUCUGACUACGCCUACAGUUCACGUGACCAAACAGGACCACCUGACUCCAAUCUGGCUCAGUAUAGUGCAACCACUGCCAGGGAGAUCAGUCGCAUGUGUGCAGCUCUAAACUCUGCUGACCAGUUUGCGAGCCGGUAUGGGAAUAACCCUGAAUUGGUACCAUAUGGGGCUGGAAGGGGUGGACCUUUAGCUAGGUUAAAUCUCCAGCAAAGCUUAGCAUCAAUAAGGGCAAACCUUCUGUAUGGCCCAGAUGGAAGACCAACCGCAAAUGGCCAAACACUAACAAACCUAAUUAAUGCAAGACAAGCAAGUAUACGCGCCUUGUACCCUGCGGCUAUGAGAGGAGGUGAUGGCAUGAUAUAUUCCACCAUUAACACUCCCAUAGCCUCCACCUUGCCAAUUACCACCCAGCCUUCCUCAGUCCUGCGUCCCAUACCUAGAGGAAUUUACAGACCAUACCCCACAGGUGUAACUGCUGUACCAUUGGCUAGCCUUACCAGGUUGCCUCAAGUGACUCCCAGAAUGCCCCUGUCCACACAGGGACCAUAUUCCUACCCUGCUCCAAACCAGUAUCCUACUUCAGCCACACCAUCAGGAAGUGUGCCUGAAGCAAGCAGCUCACACCAGGAAACUCCUGUAUACCUUGGAAAGCCUUUAACAACAGUCGUUGCUCAAACAGCUGCAACCAUUCCACCCACCCAACCUGCAGCACACCAAGGAGCACAAAAUGUACCGGCAACUGGUAUGCAAACCAUGGCAGAUCAACAGACAGACCGCACUCAACUUACUUCACCGAGUAUUUCAUCAUUCUCUCAAGCUCAAGUCCAACCUCCAACUGUCCAGCCAUUGCAGGUUCAAAUGCAGCCACACCAGUUACCUGCUCAAACUGAACCUUUAUCAUUGACUCAAACACCACCUCAAGUUCAACCCAUCAGUCAACCUCAACCAUUAGUUCCGCCACAGGGUCAGCUCCAAGUGAUACCCCAGGGCACCGCCCUAGCACCGAGUUCCACGCUUUCUCCUCCCAUGGAUGCCCAGAAAAGUAAGGAAGAUGAAAGACUGAGUCAGCAACAAGAGCAUGUGCUGCAGCUAGAGCGUGAGCGCGUAGAACUGGAGAAAUUACGGCAGCUGCGCCUACAUGAGGAGCUUGAAAGAGAUCGUAUGGAGCUUCAGCGACACAGAGAAAAAGAACAACUAAUUGUUCAGCGUGAGAUUCAAGAGCUGCAGACAAUCAAACAGCAAGUCCUACACCAACAGCAGGCAGAGCGGGAGACACAGCUCAUUAUGCAAAGAGAACAACUGGCCCAGCAGAGAAUGCAGCUUGAACAAAUUCAGACUCUGCAGCAGCAGCUCCAGCAGCAGUUGGAGGAGCAGAAAAGACAAAAGACAGCAGCAGUGGAGGCAGCAGCUGCUGCUGCAGCAGCGGAGGCAGCCGCAGCAUCAGCAGUGGCAGCAGCAGCAGCCACAUCUGCCCAGGGUGCUAUACAAGGGGUAGUUGUUGGAGGAGGGCCCCCUCAAGGGUUCAUUAUUUGUGACCAGAGUGGUAGAGUUAUUCAACAAGAUGGACAGAGUGUCCAAUUUUGGCAGGAUGGACAAGUGGUCCAAGCCGUGAUGGCUGCUCGACCCAUACAUAGUUCUGCCUCUGAAAUGUCUUUGAGAAGCAGUGACAAACAGGCUGAUUCCAAGAUUAUGAAAAAGCAGAAUUCCAUGCCUCGUUUGAGGGAUGGCUCAGAGGAAGACUCUGGGAAGAGGAUUACAGACAGCUGUGUGCAAACAGAUGAUGAAGAUGGAGAGGACAGAUUUAUGAACAGGCGUAGGAGAACAAGGCGUAUUGCCGACUGCAGUGUGCAAACUGAUGAGGAGGACCAGGGAGAAUGGGACCAGCAGCCAGUGAGGCGCAGGCGAUCACGUGUUUCCAAGCACUCUGAGUCCAGUGGGGAGGCUAAAUCAGAAGGAUCAUCUAAAGUGGCUUCUGCAAGUAUAGCUAUUCAGACCACAAAUGAUUCGUCAUGCCAAACAGAGCCCGACCAACUAAGCAGGAUUUCGCCUGCAAUCCACAUUACCAUGGCCGAGACCUCAAAGGUUGACCUAUUACAUUACAUAGCGGCUCCUGAAAGGACCCACAAAGGAGAGAGUCUGGCCUGCCAGACAGAACCAGAGUCUCAGUCCCAGGGUGUGGUCGCCCCUCAGCUGAGUGUCCCUACAACUAUUAGUCCAUACUCAACAAGUCUGCAUAUAGUAGGUGCGAACACAUCUGACCCAACCUCUCCUAGACACCAAGGAGUUGUGAAGUUUGAGAGGAGGAAACCAGACCCCUUGGAAAUUGGCUAUCAACAAAAUGAGUCUCCAUCUCGGCAGCCCCCCAAAUCUCCCCAGGUGCUAUACUCCCCUGUGUCUCCGUUGUCUCCUCAUCGCAUGCUGGAGACAACAUUUGCCUCCCAGGAGAAACUGAACAAGGCCCAUGUUACACCCCAGCAGAAGGCCUUCACUGCUGAAUCACCCAUACGUCACCAGACCCUACCAAGACCCAUUAAAAGUGUGCAGCGCUCCAUGUCGGAUCCCAAGCCUCUCAGCCCCACAGCAGAGGACCCUGCCAAGAACCGAUUCUCCCCAUAUCAUCAGCAAGCGGUGUCCAACAGUCAGCAGAUGGCCUCCCUGCAGCAGCAGCAGAACUCUCUGAUGAGGAAAAUAAAGAGGACUCUCCCUAGCCCCCCUCCAGAGGAGACUCCACUCCCGAUUGUUACUCCAGCACAAAUGUACAGCUCCCCUGGCAUGCCCCAGAGGGUCCUACCAAGACCUUCCCAGGGAGUCACCAAGGCUGGCCUGCUGAGUGAACUGAAAGCUGUGGAACAAGAGUCGUCAAAGCUCCGUAAGCAGCAGGCUGAACUGGAGGAAGAAGAGAAAGAGAUUGACGCCAAGCUACGUUACUUGGAGCUAGGCAUCACCCAACGUAAGGAGACCAUGGUGAAGGAUAGGGAGAGGAGAGAUAUGGCUUACCUGAGAUGUAUGGGUGAUGCUCGGGACUACAUGUCGGAUAGUGAGCUCAAUAACCUCAGGAUGGUUGCUGCAACAGGAAACUUUGAUGCUAAUGGUCUGCUGACAAGGCCCAGCACUGCACCAUUGAGCCAAUUUGCCAAUGACCUCAAUACAACCUCCCAGUAUCCUUCAACCUCAUCCUAUAUGUCUUAUCCAUACCCUCAAAGUCAGCCAUCAACACAGCAGCCAGGCUCUGCUUACCAACAGAUAGGCUUCCAACCUCCUCAAUACCCUUCAUCAUCUGCACCCCAGCCAGGAACGUUCCAGCCCCAUCCCCCACCAGGCCCUGGUUACCAGAACCAGGGAACUUAUUCCAAUCGCAUGUAUGCCCAGCCCCCCUACCAGACAGACCUUGGCAUGCAGCAACAUGGUCAUCAGGGCUUCCAUCCUUCUGGUCAGCCAAUGCCAAGCCAGAGCCUUCCUUACCCCAGCCACAGCUCCUACCAACCUGGUCUCUCCUACCAGCCCCAGGCAGAGAUCCUUACAGUCCAUCAACGACCACGUCAAACCUCUUUGGCUGACCUUGAGCAAAAAGUCCCCACCAACUAUGAAGUCAUCAGCAACCCAUCAGUGUCAGUGGCCACAUCAGCUCCAGAUACCAACUUUGGCUCAGUCUACAGCAAUGCAUAUGGACAGUAUCGCCCCGAGCCCGGCCUGACUCACUCUGCGGACAGCCCCCCAUCAGCUUAUGCUUCUGAUGGAGUCUACACCUCUAACCUGGAGCAGAAUAUUCCUAGGAACUAUGUCAUGAUUGAUGACAUCAGUGAGUUGACAAAAGAUAACGCUAGCCAACCUACUGAUGCUCUAGGCCAUCCUGUGGGAGGGCGGUAUCGCAAUGAGAAUGGCCCUGCACGUGGGAGCGCCUACAGUAGGCCUGAAGAUGAGCCCGUGGAUGCUUAUGGCAGACCUAGUGGAACAACAGGGUACCAGAGUACAGUGGACAGUCGCACCAGCACCACAGUGAGUGGAGGCUCUUCCUAUUACUAUGAUGAUUAUAAACACACAAGGAGCAGCUCUGGUAGCCAUAAACUUGCACCCAAGAAUCUUGCCCCUGCUGUAGUCUCCUCUAAACGUAGUAAGCACAGGAAGCAGGGAAUGGAGCAGAAGAUUUCAAAAUUUUCCCCUAUUGAGGAAGCACGGGAUGUGGAGUCUGACCUUGCCUCUUACACAAUGACAACAUCAACAGGAGGCAGCUGUACAGUUGUGUCCAGAUCCAAGAAGCUUCAGGAUGAUUCCACCUACGGGAUCAAGAAGAAUGCAUACGACCAGCAGAAAUAUUACGGCACCAGUCGUGAUGGUCUUGAGGAGGAGGACCGCAUGUACAGCUCUGGCAGGUCCAGGUCUACUGGAUAUGGUAUGGACAAGAUCUCCUCAAGAGAUGCCACAGGACACAGAAGUAAAUCCUACGAGAGGGAUGCCAUGGAGCGGUCUCAGAGAAGCAGCCGCAGUGGAAGGCCUCCAAUGCGCAGCCAGAAUUCAGAAGAGGAGAGUCCAAUCAGUCCUGUUGGGAAGCCUGUAGGCAUGGGAAGAGGCUCUGGCAUACCAGAAGCCCAUGAUGUGAGGAACCAGUAUGGCUCCAGCCAUUCGUUGCCAGAUGUGCAGGACCAUCACAAGAAGGACCUGCCCAGGAGUCAUGUCUAUAAACCAGAUGACCCUUACCUCGUAGAUGACAUGCACUGUGCUGUUUCUGACAGUGAAGCCUAUCAUUUGGGCCAAGAGGAGACUGAUUGGUUUGAGAAGCCACGGGAGGCCCGUUCUGAUCGCUCAAGACAUCAUGGAGGUCACUCAUCCACAGGUAGGCGUAGUAAACAAACCUACCAUGAUUAUGACGAACCACCAGAAGAAUACGGUCCCCAGGAUGAGUACAACCAACAACGCCACCCCUCCUCCACAACACCCCGAGAUCACCGUCAUCACGGCGGCAGCACUGGCAGACACAGCUCUUCUCGCCACACCUCAGAGGAUCCCAGGUCGGCCCGUACUUCCAGAACACACCCCAAAGAUCCAUCUGUUCGAGCUGAUGGCAGAGGCUCAUCGUCUGCACAAAGAAGGAGUGUUCCAGACUCCCGUUCUGCCCAGGGGAGCCCCCGAAACUCAGGCGACUUCUCUCGAGACUCAGCCUCUGGUCAUCAUCACGGCACAGGUGGACGGAGCCAGAGACCCCAAGGAGAUCGCACAACAUCCAGGAGGCAGGAGCCCUCUGCACCAGGGCCUAAGCCACAGCAGCAGCAGCCGCAGCAGCAGCCGCCGCAGCAGCCGCCGCAGCAGCCGCCGCAGCAGCCGCAGCAGCCGCAGCAGCAGCAGCAGCAGCCCUCUCAGGGCCAUGCUGGGCAGCAGCGGUCAGGCGGUCAGGGCCCGUCUGGGAGACAUCCAGGCCCCGAACCCCUUGAUGGUACUCAGCAGGCCCAGCAGCAGCAUCAGCAGAGCGUACAACAGCAACAGCAGCAGCAGCAGCAUCAGCAGCAACCCCUGCAGCACAGCCAAACCCCUCAGAGCAGCCAGCCGACAACUGGGUCCGGUCCAGUUCCUACAGUUGCUGGACCGGCACAGCAGCAACCCAAAUCUGGCCAAGCCCCACCACAGGGACGACAGCCAGGAGUAGGGUCUGCAGCAGGGCAGCCAGCUACCACAGCGGCAAAAAUGGAUGCUACACCUGCAGCAGCAGCCACAGGAAUGAAACCUACAACAGGUGCCCCAACAGCACCUCAGCCUACCAAAAUAGCUACACCUCCUCUUACAGGCAUUGGCUCCAAGGCCACCCCCGUUGGGAUCGGUAGCAAACCUGUAGGUAUAGGCAGCGCCGCAGCAGGACAGCCACCUGCUGAAGGGGAUAAUGUUCUCACUAAAAUCCUGCAAGGAGGGGCAGCAGAGCAAGCAGGGAAACUGGGCGAUGCUUUGUCUGGAUUUGGGAAGAAGUUCACUUCUUUAUGGUGAACUGGAGAGAGGAGGGGUAUGCAGAGUUGAAAUGAGAUGGAUUGGUAGCUUUGUACUUGAAAAACCUAUGAAACUGCAAUAAAUCAAUUUCACAUA